AACAACAACAACAACAAAACAACAACAACAAACAACAACAACAACAACGACAACAACGACAACAACAACAACAACAACAAUAAUAAUAAUAACCAUGCAAUAUGCACAGUGUUCUUCUGUUUGGUGGAAAAAUAUGGGUGGUCGUGUUGUGUUUUCGGUGUAUUUACAUUGAAAAUCAUACACACACACAUGCAUACACACACAUACACAUGCAUACACACACACACACACACACACACAUACACACACAUACACACACUGUUAGCCGUUCUUGUCAACCGUCUAUCCUCAACAAUUUGGACCCAUUUAUUGCUCAUUUUCAUUCCUUUUUUCCCCCUCAAUCAUUUAUUUAUAUCUUGUUGUUUUCUUUUUUUUUGA